AUGUACGGGGCGGGGCUAGGGGCAGGACCGAGAGGAGGAGGGGCCAAAUGGGGAGGGGCUAUCCGGGGCCAGGGUCGCUAUUGGUCCUUCGCUAACAACGGUUUCCAGGGUCUUAAUGCGUGUGGGCGGGGCCUGUAUGUGGGCGGAGCCCGAUGCAGGAUUCUGCCGCGCGCGCGCAGGGCGGAGCUCGCCGUCGCGGACAUGGCAGCGGCUGAGGCGGGAGCGACCCCGGCGGGACCAGAACCGGCACCGGGACCGGCCGAGCCAGAGCUGGAGCCCCUGCGGCUGCGGCGACUGCGCGGCGACGGCUUCUUCGAGGUCCCGGCGGCCGAUCGGCUGGGACGGUGCCGCAGCGUGAAGGAGUUUGAGAAGCUGAAUCGGAUCGGAGAGGGCACGUACGGCAUCGUGUACCGUGCCCGGGACACGCUGACCAACGAGACAGUGGCACUGAAGAAGGUGCGGAUGGACAACGAGAAAGAUGGAAUGCCCAUCAGCAGCCUGCGGGAGAUCACCCUGCUCCUGCAGCUCCAGCACCCCAACAUUGUGGAGCUGAAGGAUGUGGUUGUGGGAAACCACCUGGAGAGCAUUUUCCUGGUGAUGGGAUACUGCGAGCAGGACCUGGCCAGUCUCCUGGAGAACAUGCAAACGCCCUUUUCAGAGGCUCAGGUGAAGUGCAUCAUCCUGCAGGUGCUCAAGGGCCUGCAGUACCUCCAUGAGAACUACAUCAUCCACAGGGACCUGAAGGUCUCUAACCUGCUGAUGACCGACAAGGGCUGUGUGAAGAUAGCUGAUUUCGGCCUGGCACGCACCUACGGGAUGCCCCCUAAGCCCAUGACCCCCAAAGUGGUGACUCUGUGGUACCGCGCACCGGAGCUGCUGCUGGGCAUGACCACCCAGACCACCAGCAUCGACAUGUGGGCAGCUGGCUGCAUCCUGGCCGAGCUGCUGGCACACAAACCACUGCUCCCAGGCACCUCUGAGAUCCACCAGAUCGACCUCAUCGUGCAGCUCCUGGGGACACCCAAUGAGAACAUCUGGCCGGGGUUCUCCAAGCUGCCGCUGGCCACCCAGUACACCCUGCGCAAACAGCCCUACAACAACCUGAAGCACAGGUUUCCCUGGCUCUCGGAGGCUGGGCUGCGACUGCUCAACUUCCUCUUCAUGUAUGAUCCCAAGAAAAGGGCCACGGCCAAGGACUGCCUGGAGAGUUCCUACUUCAAGGAGAAGCCCUUGCCCUGUGAGCCAGAGCUGAUGCCCACCUUCCCCCACCACCGGAACAAGCGGGCGGCCAGCACGGCCGCGGAGAGCCAGGCCAAGCGCAGCAAGCCCUGAGCUGUGCCCAGGGAACAGGCCUGACGUGUCCUGGCUGAGGAGGAUUCCCUCAGCCCAGCAGUCCCAGUGCCAUGGAGAUGGCUCCUCCAUCCCUCUGCCCAUAAAGGAUGGGGAAGGCUCCAGGCUGCAGCUGGGCAAGUGUGGCCCCAGAGCCAGGAGAGAGGAGAGACGGGGCCCAGGGCUGCCCAGGCUUGGCAGGGUCAGUCCUGUCCCAGGCGGGUCCUGGUUUGUGCUGUCUGUGGGGGGGAGCCCCAACUCUGCCAUCGAUAAAAGCAUCUGGCAGUA